AUGCAUAUCAAAUUCCUUCCCACUCUGGGACUCAUGCUUCCCCUCUUCACAGCAGUGGCGCAAGCAAACGUGGAAAAGACCAUUUUUCUAGCACCAGCACUAGCAACCGUGCCUUCCGACGAGCCAGAUCUCGACGACCUUGGUCUGGAGCGGCUAUCACCACAGAGGCCCGUGGUGCGCACUCACCUCAAUGCUUCCUUCCCAACUACCGCCGCGCCUGAUGGUACAGACUCGUGGUUCUUCCUUGAAAACCUGAACCCGGGCCAACGGUAUGAAGUACGACAACCAACAACAUUCACCCUCACCACCUACCCGCUCUCAAAAACAAUUUCAGACACAAACCUCCUGUCUUCCCUGAGCUUGUACACAGCCAACCGACUCGCAACACUAGACCCAAAUCUCCAGGGAAAUAUCAUCCCGCGCCGUGCCAAUCCGCGCAGCAGCAAAGAUCCACUCGACCCUGCGCCGAUCAGUGACUCGGUCUUGUUUCUGCAUGUGCACGCCGCAGCAGAUUACUUCAGUACCGAUCAGGCAUUGAUGCAGAAUGUCCCACCCGUGGCGGUGGACUUGAUUCUUGAUCCAUUCUUGUUUAAUGUUUUUCCGCGCUCGUUGGUGCCGACUGCUGGGUGGAUUGUACUUGUUGCUAUUUUCGCGGUGGUGCUGGGCAGGUGGGUUGUGAAGGAGGUUGGGAGGGCUGUGGGUGAUGCUAGGAGGCAAAGUGUUUUGGAGGAGAUGAAGAAGAAAUAA